GAAGAAGGGUACAUAAUCGGGCGAUGUGAGUACGACGCGAUCUAUUGACUCGUACCGCCGACUAUGACCUCCCCCCUUCAAGAAUUACACUAAGGAAAUUAGCUACUGCCAUUCUCACACAUCCAUUAGAAGAAUAAACAUUAAGAAGUUGUAAAACCCCAGUCGUUCAAUAGAGCUCCCUUGAUUAGAAUGUGGCAUUCUGCUGAACGACAUCAAUCGAAAUCAUCGAAGCUCAACGGAACCAAGGCGGGUGAUACUUUGGAAACAGCUGUUGCGAAUCAUGGUCCUCCAGUCGAUAAGGGAAAGUGCGCUGUUCAAUAUUUGAUGGCUAUGUUCACUAUUGAGACGAUUGUAUGGGGAUUUGCUACCUCGUUUGGCGUGUUGUUCAAUUUUUACCAACAUGAUCCACGUAGCCCAAUAAAACCAGAUCCACAUGCCAAACUAAUACUCACUCUUGUGGGAACGAUUAACACUGGUACCAUUGCCGGUGCAGCACCACUAUUCUCGUUUUGGAUGGCCAAGAAACCAGGCAUAAGGCGUCGAUUGAUGUUUUCGGGUCUGCUUACAUGCACACUGAGCUUAUUCUUGUCUGCCUAUUCUACUUCUGCCUUUCAUAUUCUCUUGACUCAAGGGAUAGGAUACGGCAUUGGCGGGUGCGCGUUAUAUUAUUCGGCCCUUUCUCAUCUUCCGGAAUGGUUCGACCUGCGACAAGGGUUUGCAAACGGAUUCGUUUUCACCGGGACCGGCUUGGGAGGUCUGAUCUUCCCUUUGAUCUUAAACAGUCUCCUAGGGAAGUAUGGUGCCAAAUUAGCCUUGCAGAUUACCACGGUGCUGUUUGCAAUUCCCAUUUUCUUGGCGGUUCUGUUCAUACGCCCGAGAAUUCCACAUUGCCGGCAGCGCCAGGACAGCUUGACCCAAUCGUUCAAUCAACUGCCUUCUACCUACCAGGCUUAUAUCUUCCAACCUAUAUUCAUUGCCUUGGUCGUAGAAGCGUGGCAGGAAGUGCUCUGCUGGCUAUUCUAA